AUGACAACAGUAGCCGCCGAUAACGCGUACGUUACGUUCUUGGCGGGCGAUGGCGAUUACAUCAAGGGUGUGGUUGGUCUGGCGAAGGGGUUAAGGAAAGUCAAGUCCGUCUAUCCACUUGUGGUGGCGGUUCUUCCGGACGUUCCAGAAGAACACCGCCGUGAACUUGAACAACAAGGCUGCAUCGUCCGUGAAAUUGAGCCGGUAUAUCCGCCGGAACACCAGACCGAGUUCGCCAUGGCCUAUUACGUAAUCAACUAUUCCAAACUCCGGAUUUGGAAGUUUGUGGAGUACAAGAAGAUGAUGUAUCUAGACGCGGACAUUCAAGUUUACGAGAAUAUAGACCAUUUGUUUGACCUAGACGAUGGUUACUUUUACGCCGUGAAGGAUUGUUUCUGCGAGAAAACAUGGUCUCACACUCCUCAGUAUAAGAUCGGUUACUGCCAGCAAUGUCCAGAUAAGGUACCCUGGCCAACCUCUGACUGCCCCCCGCCGCCCCCUAUCUACUUCAAUGCCGGCAUGUUCGUCUGCCACCCUAGCAUCUCCACCUACCAUGAUCUCUUGCGCACCGUCCAGAUCAUCCCUCCCACUCCCUUCGCGGAGCAGGAUUUCCUGAAUAUAUAUUUCAAGGAUAUUUACAAGGAGAUACCCCUGGUUUAUAACCUGGUUAUGGCUAUGGUGUGGCGUCACCCGGAGAACGUGGAUCUUGAGAAAGUGAAAGUGGUGCACUAUUGUGCGGCGGGUUCGAAGCCAUGGAGAUAUACAGGAAAGGGAGAGAAUAUGCAGAGGGAGGAUAUAAAGAUGCUGGUCAAGAAAUGGUGGGACAUUUACAACGACGAUACCUUGGAUUACAAUUACAACAAACCGCUGCUACUUCCAGUACUACAACCUCUAACGAUCGACCCAGCCGAUUAUGUCGUCACUACUCCGUCAGCAGCUUGA